AUGCAUCCGGCUCCAGUUCUCCUGACCCUGCCCACGCUUCCCGUUCCCUGCCAGCUGGUUCCAGGCUUGGUAGUCUGGCUGUUUGUGAACGGCAUCAGCCCUCCACCUGUGUGGAGCAGUCUGGCCUACAGCCCCCACCUGGGUGGAGCAGCUCAGCUGGUGCAGGACAAGCUAGAUGCGUACAAGGCUGACGACCCCACGAUGGGAGAGGGUCCUGAUAAAGCUCGUUCUCAGCUUAUCAUCCUGGACCGGGCGUUCGACCCCGUGUCCCCUGUCCUGCACGAGCUCACCUUCCAGGCCAUGGGCUACGAUCUGCUGCCCAUCGAGAACGACGUCUACAAGUAUGAGACGAGCGGGAUGGGCGUCCGUGAGAAGGAGGUUCUGCUCCACGAGGAUGACGACCUGUGGGUGGGGCUGAGACACAAACACAUCGCCGAGGUCUCCCAGGAAGUGACACGCCAGCUGAAGGACUUCUCAGCCAGUAAGAGGAUGAACACUGCUGGAGAGAAGACCACCAUGAGGGAUCUGUCUCAGAUGCUGAAGAAGAUGCCCCAGUACCAGAAGGAGCUGAGCAAGUAUUCCACCCACCUCCAGCUGGCUGAGGACUGCAUGAAGCACUACCAGGGAACGGUGGACAAGCUGUGUCGCGUGGAGCAGGACCUGGCUAUGGGCACAGACGCGGAGGGCGAGAAGAUCAAAGACCCCAUGAGGGCCAUCGUCCCCAUCCUGCUGGACGCUAACGUCAGCACCUACGACAAGAUCCGCAUCAUCCUGCUCUACAUCUUCCUCAAGAACGGCAUCACGGAGGAGAACCUCAACAAGCUGAUCCAGCACGCUCAGAUCCCCCCUGAGGACAGUGAGAUCAUCACCAACAUGGCCCACCUGGGCGUGCCCAUCGUCACAGACUCCACCCUUCGCCGGGGUAAGAAGCUGGACAGGAAGGAACGUGUGAGCGAGCAGACCUAUCAGCUGUCUCGCUGGACACCACUGGUCAAGGACAUCAUGGAGGAUGCCAUUGAGGAUAAACUGGACACCAAGCACUAUCCCUACAUCUCCACCCGCUCCUCCGCCUCCUUCAGCACCACCGCAGUCAGCGCCCGGUACGGGCACUGGCACAAGAACAAGACCCCGGGCGAGUAUCGAACCGGGCCUCGCGUCAUGGUGUUCAUCAUCGGAGGCGUGUCCUUCAGCGAGAUGCGCUGCGCCUACGAGGUCACCCAGGCCAACGGGAAGUGGGAGGCUAUCAUUGGAUCGACUCAUGUCUUCACCCCUACCGGAGUGUUGGAUGCUCUCAAGGCCAUGAACAAACCAGAUGAGGAAGUUGCAAGCUAAAAUCAUCCAAUCACGUCUCUCGCUUCUGAUAUCCCGCUAACCUAGUACCCUGUCCCCGUCUCCUUGACAACGAUUCUCCCAAAUCUUACGUUUAUUGUGAAUGCAUCUUGCUUGAGAAAAAAAUAACAACAAAAAACAAUGACAGCAUUGAUGAAAAAAAAUACAUGUGAAAAACAAAUAAAGUCAAAAGAAUCGUUGCAAGUAUUCUCAUGUUUUACAAUGGAUGCAAAUAAAUAAACUUAUUUAAAGAGGUUUAAACAUCAACAAAUGCCAUUUAAAACUUGAAAGUACCAAAUGUUAUAUUGUAUGCUAUGAACCCUGCUAGAAUGCGUAAAAGGUAGAGAUUUUCUGUUUGUUCCCUUGGUUACCUUAUUGGUGUGAAGUUAAUUGAUAGUGGGGGGAGGAGGGAUGUGUGUUGAGGCCUAGAACCAUUAGUAGAACCAUCUCCUCAUCCUGACAGAUAUUUCAUCCUCCAUUGACCCACAAGGAAAGAACCCUGGUCGUUCGAGAUGUUUGUGUCAGUAGCAUGCUUGCCCAUUGUGUGGACUGUUACUGUAAAACUAUUAUGUGGCAAAAAAUAGGACCAGACAACACCCAACAGUACAGAUCAUUUCCAUAGUCUGUGAUGUUUGACCAUGGUCAGUCAGUUUCAAAACUGAAAUCUCCCCUGUAGAUAUGUAGUGGAGGACAAGGGCCCUCCAUCCCUCCUCACCCACACACGAACGCAAGUAUUUACUCACCUCAGCCACUUCCUUUCUCUGGAGACAUUUCAAGUUUUAGUGUCAAAAAGGCCACUGCUUGCGGAUAUUUAAACAAUUAUCUUAAAAGGGCCGAGUGUAUUUCAGUAUUGUAUCCUGUCAGAUUCAGUCUCAUCAUUGGUUCGUAACGCUGUGUUCCAUGCGCGAGUAGCGUGUUGUGUAUCUGCCAUAAGUUGAUGUUUUAGCGUCUGUCUGUUCACCAGUGAUAUUUCUGACUGUGAAGUAGUGAAACAUUUCCUUUCAAAAUGAAAAAACGAAAAAAGUAGAAAAAAAGCCAAUGUGAAGCCGCUGUGUUUGUGCUGUUUUAGCUGUAGCUGUAGUGGUCAACUAAAUAAUAACUAAUAUCUAUAUUUCGUUCAUCUGUCUGUAGGUUUCUCCUCUGGUGCGCUGUUAAAUCUUCCAAUGGUGAAUGGCUUUGCAAAGAAAUGUAACCCAGAUUAUUAACGUUUUUAUUUAUUUGUCCCCUUUUUCUUUUUAUCUUUCCCUGUUUCCUGGCCAAACUGGUUGUAUAUUGCACUAUGCGUUUUCUGUCAACGCUUUAUUUCAAUUAGUAUUAUUCUUUCUGUUAUCAUUUGCUGUUGUGUUAUCGUUCACUGUCUAUUCAAUUAAUUUAUAUAAGUUAUUUAUCAGAGACAAAUAUUAAUAAAUGAAACAUUAAGUCUGUCCUAAACAUGUUUAACUUAUUGGAAAUCUAUGUUUGCGAGUGUUCAAGCACAAACAAAAGAAUACUUCAUGUGUACCAGUGUACUAAAGGCUAUCUAAUAAAUUGGCUUCCAUUACAAUA